AGUAACGACGUUGAAGUGUCAACAGAACCAAAAUGUUACAGUUGAUGCUUUGCCGCUAUCUCGUAAAGUUCUUUAAAUUGUGUGAUUUUGAGAACGCGUUUAAUGGUAGAUAUGGACGGUCUUUUGUCGAUUUUGUCGCUAUUCGAGCGCAAUUUAAUUAAAUUACAAACAAAUCUCACUGCUUAUCAAGUGGAAGUCGAUGCUGUGCGACGAACACUUGAAGAUGGCUGGUCGCACGUUGGUCGCGCCGAUGGUCGCGUUAUUGCCGUCCACGACGGCCUUUUAAGCAGCGUGAACGCAGUCAAUGAACAUAUUAUCAAAUUGAAUUUACAUAUCGAUUUAAAUCGAGCUAUUGGAAUUUCCAAGAACGAGGACAUCAAGAAAGCAACAAAUAAUUACAAUGGAAUUCACACAAACCUCGAUGGCAUUGAGGUGGGCGAAGUGGACGUACGCUCUGGCAAUGCUAAGCCAGGAGAUCAGACCGAGGACUAUGCCCUACAGAUCAUCACGUCAAAUAUUGAGGUGCACAAACUGGACGCACGUUCUGUUCAUGCUAAGCAAGAGGAUCAGACCAAACAAACCGUCAUGCCAAAUCAUGACAUUGAUUUCAAUGAUCAGUCCGAGAACUCUGCCCUGCAGCCCAAUACGCCAAAUUAUGGCACUGUGGUGACUGAACUGGGCGCACGCUCUGUUCCUGCUGUGCCAGAGGAUCAGACCGAAGACUGUGCCCUACAGCUCGAUACUCCGAAUCAAAAUAUUACGGUGGGCCAACUGGACGUACGCUCUGCCCAUGCUAAGCCAGACGAUCAGACCAAAGAGUGUGCUCUACAACUCACCAAGCCAAAUCAUAAUAUUGAGGUAGCCGAAAUAGAAGUACGCUCUGCUAAGCCAGAUAAUCAAGCCGAGGACUGUGUCCUACAGCUCGCCAAGCCAAAAGAUUGCCUUGAGGUGGGCGAACCAGAAGUACUCUCUGACCAGGACGAGCCAGACGAUCAGACCGAGGACUGUGUCCUACAGUUCGCCAAGCCAAAUCAUGAUGUUGAGGAGGCCGAAAUUGAAGUACGCUCUGCUAAGCCAGAGGAUCAGACCGAGGACUGUGCCCUACAACUCGUCACGCCAAUGCCGCGUACUAACAUGAUAAAUAAUCAAUGUAUAGAGGAUCCGGCCAUAUCCGCUGAACCCAAAUUUACUCCGACUGUCCAAUUAUUGCCCUUCCCACCUCGUCAAUCGAAGCUAUUGCCGCCAAAGGGUGGCAGACAAAUGUCAAGCAAUGAGAUUUACGAUCAGCUUAACAAAAAUAUAAGCAGCUUUGUGGAAGGCAGCGUGGUGCAGGCUACAAUGAUGCAUCUCAAUAUUGCGGACGAUUGCAUUUUUGUAGCCAGGUGGAACGAGGAAUCGACGCCGAUAAUAAAGUUGUUGGAGUGCCAAGGGACGGGCCGGCUGCUGGACCAAUUUCCCGAUUUUGGAGAAGUCUUUGUUGUCUAUGAUGCUCAAGAGCGGAUAUUGCCACGUGUUGUCAUCAAUUCCCAUGCUGAGGGUGGCGGCUAUGAUGCGUAUCUGAUAGACUAUGGAGAGCAUAUUCGUUUGGCCGACGACGAUGUCAUCCUGGCAAUACCCAACCAAGUCAAAACCCUACCAGCUGAGGCCAUCAGAUGCUAUGUGCGCAAUCGUGAAGUGGUCAGCAUGUCACAGUUUAUCUAUAAGAAUAUACAGCUGCGUAUCCUGGUGAACAGUGGCAACGAUCUGGAAGUGGAAAUCAUUGACGAUGAAUCGUGCGAAGCGUCGACAGCUUCCUCAAUUCAUAUCGAUAAUCCAGACAUAGCUCGUAAAGAUGAAGCGAAUAGCAUCCCAAAUAUGAGUACAGAGCAAGAGCCCAGCAAAUCAAUUCAAAAACUGUCUCCAGAGGAUUUGGAAAUGCUGGAGCAUGUUGAGUGCAGCACCAGCAAUGCGCUCAAAGCUGUGCUGGGCUAUAUACCAACAGAUGAGAAACGUAUUUGCCGCCACUACGAUCCAAAGAUCAACGGCUGCUUUAAAGGAUCCAAUUGCCGUCUGUUGCAUCAGCCUUUUGCUCCACAUGGCGUGACCAAGGACGUCGAGCUGGCUGAGCCGCUGCCCGAGACUAUUUAUACAUCUGAAGCUCCCAAAGAGCUGGGCAGCACCAUACGCGUGCUGGUCACGUAUAUCAGCAGUCCGACCGAGGUGUAUGUGCAGUUCGUGGAUGAUGCGGCGCCGCCUCUGGUGUGGAACAAGAAAGAUGUGCCCGAAUCGCAGUGCACUUUCAAGCGUCCGCCGCGUCUAUUGGACAUGGUGUUGGCGCUUUACAGCGAUGACUGCUACUAUCGCGCCCAGAUCAUUGAGGAGAUCGAUGGAAUAUUUAAGAUCUUCUAUGUGGACUAUGGUAAUACAGAGUUUGUUACCAUUAGAUCGCUGGCGCGGUGCACGGAUGAUAUUAGCCUCAAGCCGCACCAGACCAACAAUUGUUUUAUUGGCGGCAUUAAGCGCUGCUCAUUGUCCACCCAGCGACAAAACACCGAAUGCGUGGAGUUUCUCAAAAGUAGAAUCCUUAACACAGAGUUAGAGGUCAAGCUGAUUAGCCAAAUGCCCGAUGGUUAUGUGAUCAAGUUUAUGGGUUCGUAUGCUGAUUUGCCCAGGCAGAUGAUCAAACGCGGCUACGUGGAGCCAGUAUUAGCUACUAGCUCUAAUUUGAACGAAGCUUGACCAUCACAUCAUCAUUAUUAUUAUUAUUAUUGUUAUUUGUUCUUUUUUUAUUGUUGUAUGCCCAGAGAGCAUAGCGCAGUUUCUAUAGUUAAUAUAAAUCUAGUGAACAAUAUGCUUCCGAUUUAUAUUUUGAGUAUUGACUAGGCCUAGAAAAUGACUAGGCAAUUCGAAUUUGAGCUCUUUGCAUUCCUAUUGACUAAAGAAAGACCAAUGAGAGGUAUUACAUUUUUUUGUUAUUGUUCGAAACUUGCUAAACAGUAUGAAUAAAUAAUUGACUACUUUAUACUACAAUAUACUAUAUAUUAAUAUCAAUUUAUUUUGUAAGUUUAAUUUUAUUUAGUUUAUUUCGUUUACACGGUUCGUUUCACAGUUCUGAAACUGCUUUAUAUUUCUGCUGAUAUAUUUCUUUAGACCUCGGUACUAUACUUAAUCAUAUGACGAUUAAAUGGUAAACAAUUAUGAAAGAUAUAAAUACAGACCAUAGAAACUAAUUUUGAAGAACUUUUUCAGAUUUAGUGAAUCAUUUCUGACUGAGAGGGAAAUUCUUUAUACUCGCACAAAUUGGUCUUAUGGCGGUUCGGCAGACAAAUGCCUCAAAAUAAAGCUUUUUCAGUUGGUAAAUUGCAGAGAAGUGAACGAUAUUAUUAUUUAAUAAAAAUUUAUAAAUGACAAACUCUUGAUUGUACGUCUUUGAAACUAGAGUCAAGAUCGGAUUCCAUUUCAAAAUUUUGCAUUUAGUAUUAAAUAAUUGAUACAAUUUAGAUUUUUAGAAUACUUUGGUUACCUGUUGGAAAUUCGAAAUUGAAAUUCAAAUGCAUAAAGUUCAGCUGCAAAUUGAGUUAAGAUACCAAAUAUAACUAACGGUUUUUACUUCCUUUUAGCGUCGGUGUGGGUAGGAGCGCUACGCCGAAGAAGUCGACAUGGAGAUGAGAGAUACUCCUCGUUCGCGUCACGAUCCGGACUCUAGAAGAAAGAAGAGGAUUAUUUGCAUUGUGAUUGUUUUAGCUAUUGCCGUAAUAGUCAUUGCGGCUAUAGUAAUAAAUUUCUGUUACCCAGACGUUUUCAGAAGGGACAGGGAAAUAAGAUAUAGAUACGAAUAAAUGUAUUAUUGAAUCAUUCCGGACUGAAAUGGAAAUAAAGAGAGCAUAUUGGUUUUGUGUCUUGGUCUUUCCCCUAAAUAAAGAUUUCACAUUUUAUGCUUCAGAGAACUGAACAAGGUUGUUAUAUAAAUAUUCAUAAAUAAAAAACUCAUGAUUAAUUAUAGUGCGGCCCAUUAAAAGUCAUCUCACCCUAAGCUGUUGUCACAAAGCUUGAAAACAAAAAGCAAUAAAACAAUAAUAAUAAUUGCUCAUAAUGUGCAAAAGCAGCAGACUUUAGUCCUGGCCGGAGUUCGGUGAGGUCGUCAUUGUCAUCGCCAGAGCCAGAGCCAGAGCCAGAGCCAGAGUCGCAAGUGCUAAUAGAUUAUGCGGCAACGAUUAGAAACGCAAUAAAUAACACCUGUCGGAGAUCACAUGCGUGUACGGGUCACAUCAUUGAGGAAUUCUCAGGGAGUACUUGGAUUAUUCAUGUGGAGUAAUAACGUUCACAUUCGAUCACUCUUAUGACCUGGCUAUAAUGGGUUUUGUUGAAAUGUGUUUAGUAUGCAGGAAGAGGCGUGGUAGACCCAUUAUGUAUAUUCCUGAUCCAUUCGACAAGCUGGGUCGUUCGCCGAUUAAGUGCUCUUCAAAUAAUCUAUAUAAACUUUAUGGAAAGUCAGAUAUUAAUUUAUGUCUCGUUCGCCCUUGAAUCUAGAGUCAAACUUGCAUUGAAAUUUUCGUUUAGUUAAGUUUUAUAUAUUUUUUUAUACAACUUCGAAAUUUAUUUACAUAAGGCACAACCAUAGAAGUUAUGCGAUUAGAUAUUAUGAAACAAUAUUUGUAGGAGUUGAAGUGCAUUGGACAUGGGAGAUAAUUCUCAUAUGCAAAAUAAUUCAGGAACACCUAACAGGAAAAAGAUUAUUCUUUCUAUAAUUAUCGUUUUAGUCGUUUCCACAUUUAUUGCGGUUUUUGUAAUAUAUUUCUGUUUUCCACGACUUUUUACGGUGAUGAGCACCGGGGAUUACCAGAUUGAUAACAAUAAAUGACGCAAAAGGGAGCCAUUUAUACUCGCUCAAGAAAUUCAGAAAUCAUUUGGUUUAGUGUUAGAUCUUUCGUCUCGCCUGUCUGUAAAUAAAUGGUAAAUUUAUUCGUUAAUGCAGAGCACUGGAAUUCAAAUAGCAAAUAAACCAGAUUAUCAUUUAAA